AUCAAUCGUCGUUUCCUUCCUUUCAUAUUUUCAUUAUUAAGUCAUCGUCAAUAAUUAUCGUGUUAUCAUAAAUAAAUGCUACUGCAGAGUGUUCACGUAUACUCAACUACAUUUGUGUAUCGCGAAUAAAGUACUUGCGUCAGCCUUUCUAAAUUCUAAUAUUAUAUCGUUCGACUCACCACUGACCACACCAUUCCCCAACCAUAUAUCAAAAUUUAUAUGGAGUGUAACUGUUGUAACUAUCAUAAAAUUUAUAAAUUAUCGGGCUGAACUAAGUUUGUGUGUGCGCCUGUGUUUUUUUUUAUCUGGCAUUGAUUCGAUUGGGAGUCUGUGCUCCGAGUGAAUAUAAUAACAUUGAUUGGACACCAUAAAAGCAGUGUGGGUACGGACGUGAGGUUGUUUUUUUCUUGAAGAGCAACAGAAGCAUCAUCGCUGCACUUCGUCUGGAUCAGCCCAGUAAAUACUUUUCAACCACACAAGCAUUUAAAAUUUGGUGGAAGAUGCGAUGCCUCAACUGAGUAGUGUUGCCUCAUGGCUAAACUGCAAUAUACCUCCAUGCCCCGAGAAUUAUCAACCGAAACAAUUUCUACUAUACGAUUUCCAGAGUACGGACAAAAUGACUGCUCUGACAAGUCUUUCAGUCCAGACUCGAAUUCCUUCAGUGGAUUGUUGUUGCCAGACAAGGGAGGCGAUAAGAACCUUAAAGAACGCAAAGAGCACAGGGAUAAAAAUAAGACGUACAGAAAGUAUUCUGAAUUAACACCACCCAGCAUAUCCAGUGGUUAUGACAAUGGAUCCAUGGUGUGCAAAUCAAACUCCCUACCUGGUCGUUGUAAUGUCAAUUCUCCAGUGCCAAACACGAUGGUGGCAACGGAAAUCUCGGCUGAAGACUUGGCGUCUCAGCUCACGUUGUUGGACGUCAGUGUAUUCGAAUGCAUACAACCAGAAGAGCUAUCCAGUUGUUCGUGGAACAAGAAAAACAAAUUAUCGAUCGCGCCAAACGUCGUCAGUUUUACGAGAAGAUUUAACCAUGUAAGCUUUUGGACUGUUCAAGAAAUUCUAAAUGCGCCAACGAUGAAGCAGCGUUCCGAGAUUUUGGCACAUUUUGUACGAGUAGCAAAGAAGCUGUACGACUUGAAUAAUUUACACUCGUUGUUCGCUAUUAUAUCCGCUCUGCAUAGUGCAUCCGUUUACAGAUUAAACAAAACUUGGGCCUGUUUAUCAAAGAAAGACAAGAGCACUUUUGAUAAACUUGCUGACGUAUUCAACGAUAAAAAUAAUUGGAUGAACCUUCGGGAGCACAUGGAUAACAUCAAAUUGCCGUGCAUACCAUAUUUAGGAUUAUUUUUGACUGACCUUGUUUACAUUGAUAUGGCACAUCCGAUAACUAGAAGUGGCGACAAUCGUCAACGAAUCUUGAAAAUGGAUGCCAUCUUGACUAAAGUAAAGAUGUUUCAAGCUAGUGAGUACACCGGUAUAGUUCCGCUACGCAACGUCCAAAGAUACUUAAACAGCGUCCGUUAUAUCGAGGAAUUGCAGAAAUUCCUCGAAGACGAUCAUUUCAAACUGUCCAUGAAACUCGAGCCAAAUUCUCCGAUUCCUUCGUCAAGCAGUAGCAAAGAGUCGGUAGGCGAUGUAGUAACCGGAGUAGCAGCUCUAUCAUUAUCGCCCGCGCGAGGCUGCGCGGGUUCCUUACGUUUGCACGCUGCGUCUGCGGCUACGAAAUUCGUUCCCGGCCAUCGCAAGUGUCGUAGUCUCGGUACAAAAUUCCGUAGUACGAGUCUUCCACGCAACUUCCAUAAGCAAGGAGGCAAAUACGGACCUAGCUUGACGACUCCUGGCAUAUUCGGCAAAACCUCGGUGCCCCUGGACGCUAACCAUGGGACCAUCCGACACCUCCUCGACGACUCUGUGUUGGAAGAGCCGCACCUGGCCCUUCAGAUCCUCGACCUCGACCAAAAUUCGCCUGGCUCGCCUGCCGACGCCGUUAACGAGGAUUGCAGUUUGCUAUCGAAAAAAAGCACUUCGGCCUUGCCUGACUUGGAUGGGUCGAUAGAGCCGAGGUGCAUCAUACAGGGAGCCCUGAGACGAAAGGUUGUGCUAAGGGAUGGACGCAAGCCCGCGGUCUCGACUUGGCAGAGGUACUGGGUCCAGCUCUGGGCGUCUUCGAUCUUUUACUUCUCCCCAAAAUGCUUCAAAGGAAACGAAAGGGGAGACUACAAGCGAGAGCCCUAUAAGAUGAUCUCGAUACUCGGGUGGAUCGUCGAGACGCUGGACCAUUAUCAUGCUGAUUCUUUCUUGCUGGCGGAUCCAAAGAAAGGUAACGUAUACAAAUUUCGAGCAACGUCCAAAGAAAUGGCCGAGCAAUGGUUAAAGGAGCUGCGAUUGACAGUGCGAGGCGCAACCGAGCGCAAACCCAUACCGGCGAAUCUUAUGUCGUUCGAAUGAGAUCAGCCCCCAAGGCGCUCUAGGUAUGCGCUGCCCUUUUUCCGAUCUAGAUAAAUAAUACAAAUUCUAAUCAGCAUAUCAUGAAACGGUGAAUAAAUAUAAUCAUCCAGCAUUCGAGUGGAUUUGCAGAAAGCAAUGAAAAGGCAUAUCUCAAUAAGUUGGCUUCGUUAACAAAUUACACAUACGUCCUGUGUGGGAGCUUUCGUACUCUGAAACAUGUGUUAUACGAAGGCAAUAAUUUUUUUUACUCAUACUCAUAGUCAAAAUCGCUCUCUAAUAUUUAUAUACAUGAUGUGAACAAAAAAAAAUAGUCAUACACUUAA